UUCUUAAUGUCAUUUUAUAUUUUUUUUGUAAAAUAUCUCUUGUAAGGAUUUUAUUACGUAUUUUACGAAAUUAUUAUCUUACUUUGAAUUUAAAUAAAGAAAUAGUAACUUAACUAUAAUGGGCAAAAAAACUGUUGUUGCAUUUGUAAAAGAUUUUUAUUAUGAUCCCUUUAAAUGGUCAGUAGUGAAGAGUGUCGGAUUUUUCGCAGUUGGAGUUGUAAUCGCCAGCGAAUGUACAGGACUUGAGUUAAUGCCUGCAGUACCUCAAUAAAAUUAAUUUAAAACAAUAUUAAUAUAAGCAAAAAAACACGUUAAGAUGUUACGUUAUUUAUUGUUAUUUUUUCUCGCACAAAUAGCGACGUGUGAUAGGAAACCGAACUUCGUUCUUAUAUUAACUGACGAUCAAGAUGUUGUAUUGGGUGGAAUGAAUCCAAUGAAAAAUGUUCGGAGGUUUAUUGCUGACGAAGGUGUGACGUUUAAAAACUCAUUUGUAUCUUCUCCAAUCUGCUGUCCGAGCCGCGCCAGCCUCCUCACAGGAUUGUACGUACAUAAUCACCUAACGCGUAACAACAGCGUGACAGGAGGCUGCUAUGGAGAACAUUGGCGCCAAAAUGAGCAUCAAGUGUUUGCAAACGCGUUAAAAAAUGCUGGCUAUAAUACUUUCUAUGCUGGAAAGUAUCUAAAUGAGUAUGGAGCUAAACAUGCGGAGGGCCCGAGUCGCGUGCCGCCGGGAUGGUCGGAGUGGCAUGGUUUGGUCGGCAACUCUGUUUACUACAACUACACUAUAUCCAAUGACGGCGUACCCACACACUCCACAGAUUUGUACCUCACUGAUCUUAUUAGAGAAAUCAGCAUAAACUAUAUAGAAAACCAGACAAAAACGCAACCAUUUCUCAUGGUACUAGCUCCUCCGGCUCCGCACCAACCAUUUACGCCAGCGCCUCGGCAUAAAGGUGUUUACAGCAACGUCACCGCCGUCAGACAUCCUAAUUUUAAUGUAGUUGCAGAUGAUAAGCACUGGCUACUCCGUAUGCCGCCAUCGCCCCUACCAGAUUCUAUGAUACCAGAGCUCGACAAUGCAUACCGUUCACGCUGGGAGGCAUUACUAGCUGUUGAUGAAAUGGUAGCCGAUGUAGUACAGUCAUUAGAAAUUAAUGAAUUUAUGGAAGACACAUAUAUAAUAUAUACAUCAGAUAAUGGUUAUCAUAUUGGUCAAUUUUCUCAAGUAUACGACAAAAGACAACCCUAUGAAUCAGAUAUUAGAGUCCCUCUCAUAAUUCGUGGGCCAAAUAUAAAGAAAAAGGUAGAGAACCCUCAACCUGUCUUAAACAUCGACUUGGCUCCUACAAUAUUACAGUUAGCUGGCUUAGAAUCAGAACAAAUGGAUGGGCAUCCCAUAGAAUUAUUAAAAGACGACUAUAACAUAAACAGAUUAAUGCUGGUAGAGUAUUUCGGCGAAGGAAGAGACGGAACUGUCGAUCCGAAGUGUCCUUGGAUAUAUGAUAGUGAUAAGCUUGCUCAAUGCCAUCCAUUAUAUGACUGCAAAUGUCAAGACUCGAAGAAUAAUACAUAUGCAUGUGUGAGACAUAUAGCUGAGCGGAUCAACAUGAAAUAUUGUAUGUUUGCAGACAAAGAGGUGGGACUUUUUUAAUAUAUCAACAAAAUU